UUUGUUAAUGCUUUGCCUGAGCCUCAGCCCGUUUUCACCAGAAACAAGGGAGAUCUCGUGGACUGCAUCAACCUGAACACCGGCCGAACGGCCGCAGUUCAACGCAAUUCAGCCGUCCUCUUCUGUUGA